GAUCUCUUUGGCUCUUCACGGCACCCUUGGAAACCAUCCCUCUGCCUGCAAUGAGAGCUUCCCGCCGCCUCAGCCACAGUCCCACCCGGGGGCCUUGGGCCCCAGACAUGCGGUGAUCUCAGGGCAAGGGUUGCCACGACCACCCAGAACCUCACCAGCCAUGAAUGCCCACCCUAAGGAGAUGGUGCCUCUCAUGGGCAAGAGAGUUGCUGUCCCCAGUGGGAACCCUGCCGUCCUGCCAGAGAAGAGGCCGGCAGAGAUCACCCCCACAAAGAAGAGUGCACACUUCUUCCUGGAGAUCGAAGGGUUUGAGCCCAACCCCACGGUUGCCAAGACCUCUCCUCCUGUCUUCUCCAAGCCCAUGGAUUCCAACAUCCGGCAGUGCAUCUCUGGUAACUGUGAUGACAUGGACUCCCCCCAGUCUCCUCAGGAUGAUGUGACAGAGACCCCAUCCAAUCCCAACAGCCCCAGUGCACACCUGGCCAAGGAAGAGCAGAGGAAGAAAAAGAGGCGGCUGAAGAAGCGCAUCUUUGCAGCCGUGUCUGAGGGCUGCGUGGAGGAGCUGGUGGAGCUGCUGGUGGAGCUGCAGGAGCUUUGCAGGCGGCGCCAGGACGAGGAUGUGCCUGACUUCCUCAUGCACAAGCUGACGGCCUCCGACACGGGGAAGACCUGCCUGAUGAAGGCCUUGUUAAACAUCAACCCCAACACCAAGGAGGUCGUGCGGAUCCUGCUUGCCUUUGCCGAAGAGAAUGACAUCCUGGGCAGGUUCAUCAACGCUGAGUACACAGAGGAGGCCUAUGAAGGGCAGACGGCGCUGAACAUCGCCAUCGAGCGGCGGCAGGGGGACAUCGCGGCCGUGCUCAUCGCCUCCGGCGCCGACGUCAACGCCCACGCCAAGGGGGCCUUCUUCAACCCCAAGUACCAACACGAAGGCUUCUACUUCGGUGAGACGCCCCUGGCCCUGGCAGCAUGCACCAACCAGCCUGAGAUUGUGCAGCUGCUGAUGGAGCACGAGCAGACGGACAUCACCUCGCAGGACUCACGAGGCAACAACAUCCUUCACGCCCUGGUGACCGUGGCUGAGGAGCAGAACGACUUCGUGAAGCGCAUGUACGACAUGAUCCUCCUGCGGAGUGGCAACUGGGAGCUGGAGACCACUCGCAACAACGAUGGCCUCACGCCGCUGCAGCUGGCAGCCAAGAUGGGCAAGGCCGAGAUCCUGAAGUACAUCCUCAGUCGUGAGAUCAAGGAGAAGCGGCUCCGGAGCCUGUCCAGGAAGUUCACCGACUGGGCGUACGGACCCGUGUCGUCCUCCCUCUACGACCUCACCAACGUGGACACCACCACGGACAACUCAGUGCUGGAAAUCACUGUCUACAACACCAACAUUGACAACCGGCAUGAGAUGCUGACCCUGGAGCCGCUGCACACGCUGCUGCAUAUGAAGUGGAAGAAGUUUGCCAAGUACAUGUUCUUUCUGUCCUUCUGCUUUUAUUUCUUCUACAACAUCACCCUGACCCUCGUCUCGUACUACCGCCCCCGGGAGGAGGAGGCCAUCCCGCACCCCUUGGCCCUGACGCACAAGAUGGGGUGGCUGCAGCUCCUAGGGAGGAUGUUUGUGCUCAUCUGGGCCAUGUGCAUCUCUGUGAAAGAGGGCAUUGCCAUCUUCCUGCUGAGGCCCUCGGAUCUGCAGUCCAUCCUCUCGGAUGCCUGGUUCCACUUUGUCUUGUAAGUAGUUUUUAUCCAAGCUGUGCUUGUGAUACUGUCUGUCUUCUUGUACUUGUUUGCCUACAAAGAGUACCUCGCCUGCCUCGUGCUGGCCAUGGCCCUGGGCUGGGCGAACAUGCUCUACUAUACGCGGGGCUUCCAGUCCAUGGGCAUGUACAGCGUCAUGAUCCAGAAGGUCAUUUUGCAUGAUGUUCUGAAGUUCUUGUUCGUAUAUAUUGUGUUUUUGCUUGGAUUUGGAGUAGCCCUGGCCUCGCUGAUCGAGAAGUGUGCCAAAGACAACAAGGACUGCAGCUCCUACGGCAGCUUCAGCGACGCAGUGCUGGAACUCUUCAAGCUCACCAUAGGCCUGGGUGACCUGAACAUCCAGCAGAACUCCAAGUAUCCCAUUCUCUUUCUGUUCCUGCUCAUCACCUACGUCAUCCUCACCUUCGUUCUGCUCCUCAACAUGCUCAUUGCUCUGAUGGGCGAGACUGUGGAGAACGUCUCCAAGGAGAGUGAGCGUAUCUGGCGCCUGCAGAGAGCCAGGACCAUCUUGGAGUUUGAGAAAAUGUUACCAGAAUGGCUGAGGAGCAGAUUCCGGAUGGGAGAGCUGUGCAAAGUGGCCGAGGGAGAUUUCCGACUGUGUUUGCGGAUCAAUGAAGUGAAGUGGACUGAAUGGAAGACGCACGUCUCCUUCCUUAACGAAGACCCGGGGCCUGUAAGACGAACAGAUUUCAACAAAAUCCAAGAUUCUUCCAGGAACAACAGCAAAACCACUCUCAAUGCAUUUGAAGAAAUAGAGGAGUUCCCAGAAACGUCGGUGUAGAAGCGGAACCCGGAGCUGGUGUGCGCGUGCGCUGUCUG